AUGUCUAAUAUACUGCUGGCGACGCUGGUGGCGGCGUGCUCGUGCGCCCGUCUGGACAACAACUAUCUGCCACCGCCGGGUGCGGCUGCGGCUGGGGGUGGCCCAGGUCUGACGGCUCCCUCACCGGGUGGAGGUCCCCGUCCGGGUGGUCCGUCGGCUGGAGGGCCGGGUGGAGCGGGUGGCUUCGGUGGUCCCGGUACGGCACCGGGUGGUGGAGGCUUUGGAGGUGGUGCACCAUCCGGUGCUGGAUUCGGUGGAGCUGGUCCCAGUGCGGGUGGUUUCGGUGGAGCUGGUCCCAGUGCUGGUGGUUUCGGUGGUCAGGCACCCCGUCCCGGUGGAGUUGGAGGUGGCCCAGCAGGUGGUCGUCCAGGAACGCCUGCCCCGGCCUACGGACCUCCCUCCAGUGGGUUCGGUGGCGGUGCUCCGUCGUCCUUUGGCAGCGGAGCUGGAGCUCCCUCGGGUGGUUUCUCAUCUGGUGGAAGCGGAUUCGGCGGAGGAUCUCCGGGUGCUGCACCAGCCGGACCAAGUCAACCACCGAUCGAGAUUAUCUCUUACGAAAACAUGAACAAUGGCGAUGGAACUUACAAAUACAGUUACGAAACGGCCAACGGUAUUAAGGUACAGGAGCAGGGUGAGAUCAAGAACAAGGGUUCCGAAAACGAGAUCCCAAGCGUGCAGGGUUCCUAUUCGUACACCGCCCCUGACGGACAGGUCAUCACCGUGACGUACAUCGCGGACGAGAACGGAUUCCAGCCGCAGGGUGAUCACCUUCCAACGCCACCCCCAAUUCCGGAGGAGAUCCAGAAGGGACUUGACGCGAUCGCUGCUGCUCAGGCUGCCGGCACUGCAGUUGGCGGCCCUGGAGGUCCUAGCAGUGGAGCAGGAUAUCCUGGAGCUGGUGGCAAACCAUCCCAAGGCUAUCCGGGUUCGGUAACCGGAUCGGGUGGAUAUCCUUCUGGGGCUGGUGCACCAGGCGCUACUGGUCCGGGCGCUCGUCCAGGCCAGGGAGGCUAUCCGAGUGGGCCUGCUGGUGGAUCUGCUGGCUAUCCGGCGGCUGGAGGUCCGGCCGCUCCCGGUGGUCCCGCUGGCUAUCCUUCCGGUGGUCCAGGAGUACCCGCUGCCCCACGUCCCAGCGCUCCCGGAAGACCAUCGGGCAAUGGGUCAUUUAACCCACAGUCCGGUUAUCAGUAUUAA